UGUAGCCCGCACGUCGGUCAGGCUGCCACCCGUGCUCCUCUCGCGGUGCCAGUCUACACACAUUACCCGGUUUGGCAUUACCGUCGCUACAGUCCCGCUCUACUUCGGUCCAUACUUCGGAAAAAAUCACAUUAGAGUGUUCAGUAAUUCGUUCCGACGCGUUUUCUAUUGUACUCGUUAGAAAAUAUUUUCUAAUAAAAAACACCUUCCGAGUUAUUCGAACACUAUUAUGGUCUCUACCGUCUAUAAUUUAUUCAGUUAUCUUUUCAACGCCGAAUUGUCGUUUGCGUUAAUUGUUGGACAUCAGUGCAUCUGUUGAUAAGAACAAAUUGAGUUUAUUCAAGUUAUUCCGAAAGAACAACACUUGUAAGCUGACAACAUGUUGGCCGAUUAUCCAAUUUCUCGGGUUGCCGGAGGACCAUUGUACAACACUUCAGUAGUCCCGGAUUUCCAAAGUGCCCUGACCGGCAAAUCAUGCAACGAAGGAUGGCCUACCGAACAAGAAAUAAUGGAACAUCCAGGUCUGAGGAACACGCCAUUGGCCAUGUUGGCCGCCCAAUGCAACAAACUGCAAAGCAAAUCUCCACCACCUCUAGCGGAUGCCGCGGUCGGCAAAGGAUUCUAUCCUUGGAAGAAAAGUCCACAGCAACAGACCAAUGACAUGUCUGGUUCGCCGCUGCAGCAACAACAUCAACAACAGUGCCAGCAAAGAAUCCCCGCGUCCAGUGCAGCCGAAUCACCACGUCCUGUAGUCACGUCUACGUCGUCGGCUCCGUCAACGCCGAUACCGACUAGCGCGGGAUACCCGCCGCCACCGACUCACCAUAGCAACAUCUACUUUGGAGGUGGACAUCAGACGCUAACCGAUAACAACGGUCACCAUCACCAUCAGAAUCCAUUGCUCGGCAAAGUCGAUAAUCACAGUGCUUUGUACGGACGUCAUCCAUACGAAUGGCCAUUCAACUCCAUGAGUACCGCCGGACACCACGCGCCGGCCAUCAAGACCGAAUCGGUAAAUCCUGCUUGGUGGGAUGUACACGGAAGCGGAUGGCUUGAUAUGAGUGGAGGUAUGCACGCUCAAAUGGCUAAUUAUGCCGCUCAAUCGGACUACUCUACGCUAAGCCAUUCAUUAGCUGCAUCCAAUACAGCUCAUCACUUGUUCUCGGCCAACCAACACUUUUUACAAGACACUUACAAGUCUAUACUACCCGGUGCUCAAGCAUCUUUCGGUCUCGGCCAUCAUCACCAUCCUUCGGCGGUCACUUCUUCAGCAUCUGGUACAUCGCCCGGCUCAGCUGCCGUAGCAGCCGUAUCGGCAGCUUACAACUCAACAGCACAAACGCCUUCACCGCGUACUCAGCGUCGGUAUACCGGCCGUGCUACCUGUGAUUGUCCUAAUUGCCAAGAAGCCGAACGACUCGGUCCGGCCGGCGGGCACUUGAAGAAAAACGUACACAGUUGUCACAUACCAGGAUGUGGCAAAGUCUAUGGAAAGACGUCUCACUUGAAGGCCCACUUACGCUGGCAUACGGGUGAACGGCCGUUCGUAUGUAACUGGUUGUUCUGCGGUAAGCGAUUCACUCGGUCGGAUGAGCUACAGCGACACUUGCGUACCCACACUGGAGAAAAACGUUUUGCGUGCCCAGUAUGCAACAAGCGCUUCAUGCGGUCUGACCAUUUGGCCAAGCACGUUAAGACACACAAUGGUAACAACGGAAGUAAAAAGGGAAGUAGUGAGUCAUGUUCGGAUUCGGAAAAUAGCCAAAGUGCGGCUGAUGGAUCUUCACCGCAUCACCAACAUCAACAGCAGCAACAACAGCAACACGGACAGCACCACCAACAACAACAACACGGUGUGCCGCCGCCACCGGCUUUACACAACAUGGCCGACAUGGUCGACGUUAAACCACCCGCCGGUAUGCCCGGAUCGGGCGCCGGUCUGGUCCGUUGGAGUCCCGUUGUCAGUUCUGUCGGUUCGGUGAUGCCCCUUUCACCGCCGUCUUCGCAUGUUCCCCCUCCGUCAUCGUUCAUGCCUGUCCAACAACAACAACAACAACAACAGCACCAAAAGGACCAGAAAAACUUUUGUUGGAACAAAGAUCCGAAGAUGUACCAGGAGAAACUAGAAUGACUAUCACCGUCGCAGGCGGCCGUCUCGUACUAUCACAGCAACAACAUGAUGCUGAUGCAGCCGCCGCACUCAGUUUUCUAGUCUGUAGUAAAAAAUAAUUACACCGAAUUUUCGAACGAAAUUUCGGUUGGACAAUUGGGAAGAACUGUGUUUCAAUAGCUUGUAAAUUAUUUUUAAAUUAUAUCGUUAUUUAUAAGUAUGUUAAUCUUGAACAGUGUUGUGCUAAAAAUUAGAAAAAAAAUUAUUCAUUGACAGUUCGCGUCCGUUAAUGCCGCUUGAAUUGUUCGAGUUUAUUUAAUAUUUUUAGUUCUUUCAUUUACAAUACUGUAAUAACAAACAUUACAAAUAUAUUAUAGUUAUGGAUCAUUAUUGUUGUAAAUAUGAAAUGUAANAUA